ACUGCCACUUCCUCCGCCCCACUCCUUAUAUAACUGCCUCCUCCAUAUCCCCCUCUCAUCCAUCACUAAACCAACGGUUCUUUUUCUUUCUCUGAAUCUCUCUUCCUGAGUCAGUAAAAUCAACUAUGGCUGAGGAGGUUCAAAAAGCUCCCCAGGGAAAUGUCCCCCAAGUGGAAGAAGAAGUGGUAGUUGUUGCUGAUGUUCCUCAGGCUGAGAAAAUGACGCCAACUCCAGCACCACAGCUGCCAGUAAUUCCUGUGGUUGAGAAACAGGCACCACCAGUUCCGGAAACUGAGGAGGAACCGGUGAAGCCAAAGCUGCAGGUGGAGGAAGCUGUAGAAACUGAGGUGUCCAAAUCCAGUGGCGAGAAUGAUGAGAAGGUCCCUGAGUCUGUUUGUUUUAAAGAAGAGAGCACCAAAAUUGCUGACCUUUCGGAUGCUGAGAAGAAAGGGCUUGAAGAGCUUAGAGAACUAGUUCAAGAAGCUCUUAACAAGCAUGAAUUCGGGGCCACAACACCACCUCCACCAGCGGCAGCAGCCAACGAAGGAGAAGAAGCUAAAGAAGCUGUCGGGGCAGAGGAGGAGCAAAAACCAGCCCAAGAGGCAACACCGGCAUCAGAAGAAGAACAUGUAAAGGCAGAGCCUGACGUUGCAGCAGUAGAAACAAAAGACGAAGUCGUAAAAGAUGCAAAGAUUGAAAUGGUGGAAAAUGAGGUUACUGAAGAAAAGGUGGAUGCUGCUUCUGCUGCUACUGAUACUGCAGACGACGACGGCGCAAAGACUGUGGAAGCCAUUGAAGAGACAAUAGUGGCAGUCUCUUCUUCUGCUACACAGGAGCAGACUUUGCCUCCGGAAAAAGAGUCUGAAGCAAAGUCUACAUCAACAGACAAAGAGGAAGCAAAAAAUGCUAUAUCAGUCCCACCAGAGGAAGUAUCCAUCUGGGGUAUUCCACUUCUAGCAGAUGAAAGGAGCGAUGUGAUUCUUCUCAAAUUUCUACGUGCAAGGGAUUUCAAGGUAAGAGAUGCAUUCACAAUGCUCAAGAACACUAUUCAAUGGAGAAAAGAGUUUGGCAUUGAUGAAUUGCUUGAACAAGACCUGGGUGAUGAUUUAGGUAAGGCGGUUUUUAUGCAUGGGUUUGAUAAAGAAGGACACCCAGUAUGCUACAAUGUGUAUGGUGAAUUCCAAGACAAAGAUCUUUACCGGAAGAGCUUUUCUGAUGAAGAGAAGAGGAAGAGAUUCCUGAGGUGGAGAAUCCAGUUCCUGGAAAAGAGUAUUAGGAAAUUGGAUUUCAAACCUGGUGGUAUCUCCACAAUCGUACAGGUCAAUGACUUGAAGAAUUCUCCUGGACCUAGCAAGAGGGAGCUUAGACAAGCUACCAAACAAGCACUUCAAUUGCUUCAAGACAACUACCCUGAAUUUGUCGCGAAACAGGUGUUCAUCAACGUGCCUUGGUGGUAUUUGGCAGUUAAUAGAAUGAUAAGCCCAUUUUUGACCCAGAGGACUAGAAGCAAGUUUGUAUUUGCUAGCCCAUCCAAAUCAGCAGAGACCCUUUUGAGGUACAUUUCUGCUGAGCAAAUACCGCUUAAGUACGGAGGACUGAGUAAAGAUGGGGAGUUUUGCACAGCCGAUACUGUAACUGAGGUCACAAUGAAGCCUGCAGCAAAGCACACUGUUGAAUUCUGUCUUUCUGAGGCAUGUCUACUAACAUGGGAAGUCCGAGUGGUGGGAUGGGAUGUGACCUAUGGGGCAGAAUUUGUACCAAGUGCUGAAGAAAGCUACACAGUAAUAAUUCAGAAGGCAAGAAAGGUGGCUGCAACUGAAGAGCCAGUAGUCUGCAACAGUUUCAAAGUGGGAGAACCUGGUAAGAUUGUGAUCACCAUUGACAACACAACCUCUAAGAAAAAGAAGCUCCUUUAUCGUUUUAAAACAAAGGAAUCUACUGAGUGAAUCAGGUGCCUGCAUGCACAGGAUGAAUUAAUUAAAGAAGAGAAACGUUAAUUAUUAAUUGUUAUAUGUUUAAUUUGGAGUUUACUUUUGUUGUUGUCAUGAUGAAUUUGGAGUUGGCUUGUGAGAAUUGAUGUUAUUUAUUUAGGGGACAACAAAGUGGUGUGGUGGGAACAGGGAAGAACUUUCAAUUCCUUUUUCUUUCUUUCUUUCUUUCUGUAAUUAGGUUUUGUUUGGAUAUAAUAUAUAUUUUAUAAAUUUGUUA